UUGGAGACGGAUAAGGAGGUCCUCCUGACGCGGGCGAGGCAGGCGCGGGAGAAGUACCGAACCCACGCAGUGGUCGCAAACCUGCUGCACACCCGGAAGAGGGAACUCUGGAUCAUCACGGCGCUAGGCCAGGGCUCAGAGAACUGUGAACACAUUUCACUCGCACCGUCUGCAGAAACCAAGUCCGAAAUCGAGGAAGCCCUCAUCCGGCGCAUCUCAGAACUUCACAAUCUCUUUGUCUCGGGCAAUCAAUGA